GUUUAUCAAUAUUUUUUCAAUCAUCUAUUAUUAUUCAAACUAAAUACAAAUAAAUUCAUUCAUUUGAAUUUUAAUUUACAAGGUUAAGGGUUAUAUUUGAAGAUGUUUUGUGUGUGUGUGUUUUGUAUUUUUAUGAAUGUAUAUGUUUGCACUCGUUUUAAGUGAGAAUGUAUGUGGGUAAUUUCGCAGAUGUGUCCGAAUUAAAUUGAAAGGUGUGCACAAGUAAGCCAACUCUAUUUCCGGGGGAAGGGGAAUUAUAACGAAUAUACUAUUUACAUUAACAAAAAAAAAAAUUUCCUCUUUUUUUUUUUUAUAAUAUAAUAAUAUCAAAGUCUCAUGAUGACACAUUUGUAAUUAAAUAAUGAGUCAACAUCGCACGAUUCUUACCACCGGUCAACUUUGAUGAAAAAAACGUCAAAUAAACAACAAAAAAGUGAAAAUAACAUAUUAAUUAAUUAAUUAUUGUUUUGAUAAAUAUUUUCAUGUUUUUGUGUAUAUUUUUUAAGUGUAUACUUUUUUACAUAAACUAAUUUUAUUUUUUUUUAUUUUUAAUUUAUAAAUUUUGUGCGACGUUGUUUUUUUUUUUUUUUUUUUUAUAUAAUUUGCAAAUUAUUCAUGUGUGUAUUUAUUCUUGUUUUUAUAAUUUUAUUUAUUAUUAUUUUCAGUCAAAUAAAAAUUAAAAAAAAAUAAAUAGUGAAAAUUAAAUUUUUGUGUGUUUACAAAAUUUUUAUUUGUUUGUGUGAGUUUUAUUGUUGUCAUACAUUAUGCAAUAAUAAUAAUAAUUAAAAAAAAAGAAAAAUAAAUAAAUAAAAAGUUUAGCUUCAAGUAGGAAGCUUCAGGGAAUGAUAUGGUCGAUGAAAAUUGUCCACGUGAGGACUAUAUAAUUAUACCUGAGUGUCAAACUUUAUCAAAAAUGCCAGACUCAUCCCCUUCUCCUUCAUCAGCCUUGAUUAAUAUUUUAAGUGGUAUUGUGAUACUCAUAAAAAGCUUCCUAAGAAUUGGAUUUGUCCUUGUAAAUAAUGCUUACUGUAUUCCAACAUAUAUGGUAUGGAUGAUAUUUUUAUAUCCAAUGAAAUAUUAUCAUCCACAAUUUUAUUGGAAACUUGAAGGUUUAUUUUUUCACUGGUUAUUGGCAAUGGUUUCCAUGUGGUCUUGGUCUGCUGGUUAUGACAUCAUUGAACAAGGUGAUGAUAUUGAACAAAUUAUUAAUGAAAGAACACUCGUCGUUGCAAAUCAUCAAAGUACUGGUGAUGUACCAAUGUUGAUGAAUAUAUUUAAUUCAAAACCAAAUGUUUUACCAAAUGUCAUGUGGAUCAUGGAUAGUGUAUUUAAAUAUACAAAUUUUGGUAUUGUUUCAUUGAUUCAUCAAGAUUUUUUUAUAUGUGCAGGAAGAAAAAAUCGAGAAGGAAGUUUAAAACAAUUAGAAAAACAUAUUGAUGAAUCUUAUAUACCACGUGAAAGAAAAUGGAUGGUAUUAUUUCCAGAAGGUGGUUUUCUUUGUAAAAGAAGAGAAACAUCACAAAGAUUUGCUAAAAAAAAUAAUUUACCAAUUCUUGAGAAUGUAACAUUGCCAAGAGUUGGUGCAAUGCAAACAAUUGUUGAUCGAUUAAGUCCCUGUCAAAAUAAUAAUUUUUCUGAUCAAUUAAAUACCAUGGGUACCAGUUUAUCUAAACCUCAAAUAAAUUGGAUACUUGACAUAACGAUAGCAUAUCCACAAGGCAAACCAAUCGAUUUGCCGACAAUAAUUACAGGGUCAAGGCCACCCUGCGAAACCGUCCUUUUUUAUCGUUUAUAUCCAAGCACAGUGGUACCAAAAGAUCCAGAUGCAUUAGCUAAAUGGCUUUAUGAUAGAUGGGCAGAAAAAGAAACAUUGUUAGAUAAUUUUUAUAAAUAUGGAUCAUUUCUUGGUCCUGGACAACCAGCACCUGAAGGACAUAAAAUUCAACAGGAUUCAUUGAGAUAUCUUAUUCUUCAUUUAUUUUUUUUAACAUCAAGCUACGUACAUUAUCAUAUUAUUUCAUAUGUGUUAUCGUGUAUUUGGUGAAAAAAAUAUAAAUAAGACAAAUUUUAUAAUCAAGGCGAUAAUAAUUUAGUUCAUCUAGUGUGUCACAAUGGUUUUUUUUUUUUCUUUUUUUUUUUUUUGCACAAAAGAAAGUUUUUUAUAAAUUUUCAACAAAUGCUUUUUGCUUUUUUUUUUUCUUUACAUCUUUUUACUAUAUAUAAUAUAUUUUGUACAUAAAAAAAAAACGAAAAUUUCAAGUGUUUAAAAUUAGUAUUGUUUUUUUUUUUGUUUUUUUUGCUAUAAUUUGUCGAUUGAAAAUAUUACAAUAGUCACAAAUAAAUCGAUGUAAUUUACUUGAAAAUAAGAUAAAAAUA